AUGAAGCAUGGAAAUGCUGUGUGGAGUGAGCUGAGCAGUCGUUCUCAGGAGAAAACAGACAAAUCCUCCUGCAUCCUGGUGAACCAGCUUUGUGGCCUGUUUUACGUCAUCUUUGCUGAGCUCCACUGGGUCACCCCUCCUGCUGGCUUUGUGAUACUGACAUUUCAGGCACCGGCGCAGACACACGGGCCUUCCUGGCUGGGAUUCCACGGGUGGAGUGAGCAGUGCUGGCUUGGAGGAGUCGUGGCUGCACAGGGCCUGUGCUCUCAGCUGAUCAGUGCCUGUCCUGACCCCAAACGGCCCUCGCAGUACUGUUUGAAAUUGCUCUUGCCAUCUUUGGAACAGAUUCCUCAGUACGUUUCAGACCCAUUGUUGUGACUUUGGUUUCAAUCCAGGGACACAGCUUGGCCAAUGGACCGUCUCAACAACAUCUAUGAUCGCUCUUUCCCAGAGACAGCAUCUCAGACACCAAUGCUGAAAGAGAAACAGCAGCCUGUCCCCAGGUGGCAGGAAAUAGUCCAUUUGAACGGCAAUUUCAUAAGUGGCAGAUGAUUUUUAUUGUAAUUUUCUGGUGAGCCAUUUAAGUGGAGGCAGAGUCAGUUCUGAGGCAUCAAUGUCUUUAAUAACUCGGGGAGACCGAGGCCGUGCUCAGCAGGAACACCGAGUCCGUGGAAAACAGGCCCUGGGCCUGCUGGUGUGCAUAAUUCCACGUUUGCCCCCCACGUAACCAGGAUGGUAAAUUACAGGUGUCAGAUAA